AUGGGCGUUCGCGGUCUGCACAGUUAUAUCGCACAAAACCCUGGGAAUUUCACUUCAACUCGACUACACAACACCUAUCUAGUGAUUGAUGCGGAGAAUUUGGUGAACACCCGCUAUCGCGAAUCUGGUUUGGCGAGCUACUAUGGUGGGGAGUUGAUUGAGUUCCAAGUCUCCAUCUUGAAAUUUGUGAGAUUGCUGCAACGAUGCUGUAUCAAGCCCAUAUUCGUCUUCGAUGGAUGCCACGAACAAAAUGUGAGUCUGUACGAUCAAGUGUACAAAUGUGUGUUUUACUACUCGAUGCAAACAUUGUCCGGAGUGCGAUCUUUCACAUGUGACUGCCAAGUGCCUCCGUGCAGGUCCACUUCAGGUUCAGUCGAUCCGCUUAAUGUGUGA